AUGGAUCAAGAUCCGCCCGACGACUUCGCGUCCGAUUCCUUCUUCGACCAGAACUCGCUCCAACAACAAAUUCAGCAGAUUGAUGCUGGCGCUGAUUUGAACGACGCCGACCUCAAUGGUACUGUCCCAAGUGUCGCCCUUCCUCCGAACCCAGCUGUCGUCGAACAACUUGCCCGCAAAUGGUACAGUGGAUGUGUGGAACGGAUCGCGUGGUCAAGACAUGGCCACCUCGCCAGUAUCUCCGAGGAUGGAUCGACCGUCUAUCUCGAGUGUCUGCGGUACGACCACGGGUCCAACUCUUGGGAUCUCCACGAGAGACACUCCUUGACAACUGUUUUCGAAGAAGCAAUUAGCCUCGCCUGGAGCGCGACUGGAGGUGAGCUGGCCGUGGUGGAUAUCAAGGGCCGAGUUUGGAUUUAUCACGUGGCUCUGACGGCCAUCAACCGUCUCAAUCUCGCUCGCCAGGGCGCUCUCGAUGAAGGCGACGACGAUUCGCAGCCGAUCGGCUUGACUUGGCUGAACCAGGACAGGCAGGAAAGACCAAGAAAUGUGGUCACCCACGCCUCAAAGGGCGAGACCCGGUGGGAACACGCGAAUACUAGAGCCAAACCACUUGGGACGUACUGGCCUAGAGCCGCCCUGAUCGUCCACCGGAACGGCCUGACUACACUCUGCUUUCAGCGGCGUGACGGGCAAUACUUGAAGAUCACCAAACAGCUGACGCCGCAAGACCGAGUCCUAUACACUCACGCCAGCUUUGCUCCUACAAUAGACGGGAAGAUGCUAAUUGCUGUACACUCCUACGAAAAGGUCAUAUCAGCCUUUUUUCUCGCUAUCGACUGGACAGAAGUCAACCAAGGUCUCGAGGGACUUCCUGUGAUGACGAUCGACCCAGUCUCCAGCAAAGUGUCGUCUCAUCCAUCUGGUUCGGCUGCUGUGCCUGAUACCUUCGACCCCGGUUCUUGGUUACUGAGUCAUCUGAAGGUGGUGCAGACUUCAGACGUGGAGAAAGCAGUGCAGACGCCUCCAACCAUCCUUGCGGUGCUCACGGGGGUCAACAGGACUGUCAGCAUUCCCGACGCCGGCUUUCUAGUCUCCAGUCUCAUCAAGAGGUGGGCGGUGAACUCAGUUGAAACGAAAUUACACCCUCUUUUCGAUGCCCUUCCUUCUACAGGCGCCGCUGCGGCAGUAACGAAACCAGUGCAUAUUCUGCAGGAACAACCGGACAAGGAAGAGCAGGUCAUUACGACGGUGCAUCGCAUAGAUGGCGUUCAGACGCUUGCGAUCACUACACAGGAGAACCGGACGGACUUUCUCAACCUAGAAGAUCUGUCGCCAAUGUCCUACGCCGCCUCAGUGCAAGAAACAUCGUGUAUGUCACAAUCCGGAUUUACCUUCCCCUAUACGCAAACUAUCCUUGAUCCAGGUUUCUCCCCCGGUGCUUGCGUGAGAGCAGACCUCGCAGCGAAUGGCAAGACCCAGCUUGUCGUCAUGGAAUAUCACCUAGAACAGCGGCAAACACAACAACCACUAGAUCCGCACGUUGAUGCUGCCAUCGCAGCCCUCAACCUCACUUUCGCGCGAGCCUGCUGGUCUAAUGCCACGAUUGACGAUAUCCUCAUGUGUGCCUCGCGCACCAUUCCUCCAGCCUUGAUCCCUACCGUGAUUUCGAGCGUCUACCGCACUCUCUUCCGCGACGGCGAAUUCGUGCAUGAAAAGACGCCGGGCUCGGAGCUCGAACGGAUGUUCCACAAACAGGUCAUGGCUAAGGUCUUCUCUUACCAUGCGGGCCUGGCAUCGACCUGUUCGCAGCUUGUGUCCGUGGCCUCUACGGACGCGAGAACAGGCGGGUGGACCUUGAGCGCCCAGUGGGCGUGGAUAGUCAACAACGUGCGACAAACGACCACGUUGCUGUUCAUGAACCUCAGAGACAUACAGAAUGUGACCAUCGUCGUCGGCCAGGAUUUCACCGACAUGUUGUGCGCGAACCUGAGAUGGGGUCUGUCACUUAUCAGGUUCAUCUUCAACGCUAUCCUGGAAGUGGGUGACCGAGAGAGUAAUCCGGACAUGUUCGACGACAAGGCCCGCGGACGGUUGGGCGACACGCACGGUGAUGGAAGUCAGGGCCUCGUUGCACUACUGUUAAAUUGCCACGCCUCGCGGGUCUUCCUGAUCGCCUUUGUGAGAGCAGUCAGGACGUAUGCCAAGAUCACGGAGCCAAAGUCACAACAUCAGUUGCAGGUAUUGCAGUGCAUUCAACAGCAGACGAAUGGCAAAGGCUUGUCCUUUGGAGCCAUUGAGGCGCUUCUUGAAUACAGGUGGUCGGCGGCCGGUGACGUGGAGGGCAAUAUUGCAGCCACAGCCGUUCGACAACUGGAUAUGAUGGCUACAGGCAUCGUCCAUGAGGCGUAUCAACCGACGAUAAAGACGCUGCUCAGCAAGCUGGUCAACAGUCCGUCGGGUUUGCGAGCCAAGAUGUUGGUAGAUCGACUCAAACUCUUUGUUGACCACGUUGACCUGGAAUACAUCUUCUUGAACCAGGGUAUCCUUGGUCAUCGGCGUGAUGGCCGGUCUACAGAAGUGAUCUAUGAUGUUCUUCGAAAGCGACCGAUCACCAAGGGCACGGCAGAGCCUCACGGCGCAGGUCAACCUAUGGUCAGGAAAUGCACCAGGUGUGGCAGUUUCAGCGAGGACGUCGUUGUGCCGCCUAAAGAAUGGCCAAGGCAGAUUGCUCUCUCGUUGGCGAGAUGUGUCUGUGACGGAAACUGGGUACUUGAACCUUGGGAGCAAGUUUGUAAGUGA